GUGCUGCGUCCCACAAGUGGUACAGCAACAUAAGUACACCCCUCCUUUCCCUGUGUCCCUCAGGCAGAAUCCCCCAUGGGUCUGACUGUCUCCCGUGCGAGUGCAGAGCUGUUACUGGCUGAAGAUGAUAGGUGGGAAUUCGCCCCCCCCCCAUCAAGGUGUAACUCAUCAUCAUUGAUUUAUAGAAAAUUUAAAAAAAUAAGAACGAUUCCGAAGAGCGAAUGGAGUAACGGCCUCAAGGCCGGGCGCUGAAUAAUGUGCUCUGAUGCUAACGAGUGCGUUAAUUUGCUGCUCCGCUUCAAAACGAGUUUAAGGCUCUAAUUGUAAUUAAUUAGUUGCCUGCUCGUUACUGAAACUUGGGGAAAUGGCAUAAUGAGGGUCUGCCGAGUGUAUUCUGGGGUCGCAAAAGCGAAGCGGCAGCAGCAGCAGCGAUCCCAUAAACACAUGACCCUCCCUAUGGAAUAAAACGUAAUAUCAGAGAAUACUCCUUAAUUAUAACCCAUGUGUGUUGUGUACAGGAGGAAAAUAUAACUGGUGAUGUUUCAAGCCGUCUUUCAACUCUGUUGAUGUCAUUUAGUAAGUGAGGCAUCUGACUCUCGCAGUGCUCACACUGUGUGUGCUGAAGGUGGCCUCUUUUAACGAAAGCCCUCUCUCUGCUCUUGGUCGCUUCAUGGUAAUGGUGUCACCUCUAAAACAGUCGUUGAUCUGUCUCUUCUGUAUGGGUUAGCCACCUGUUUGAGGUGAGACUGCAUGGGAAAGUAGAGCAGAGUUUGUGUAUUGGGGGAGGCUUCGGGGGGCUUAUCUGCCCUCCCCAUCUCCAGCCGGGAGAUCAGGUGGCAGGGCCUGACUGUUAGGGGACUCUGUCAGGAGGUAUAAAUGCUGGGUGGGAAAUGGUCCCCCCCCCAGAGAGACGCCAUCCUGCAGAGCAAUAGAGCCAUUAGAGAAGAAGCUGGGAAAACAGACAGGCUAAAGGACGGCCGGCUGCCUGUUUGCGAAGGACCCCAAGGGACCGAACGCCAGCUGAGAAACAUAAACAGGGAUGCCAGGUGACCCUGACAUCGUGGAGGACGGGUCCGGGCACUCGGAGACCCCCUGGCGCUCCGUCCCACUGGAGUUGCACCAUCCCUACUCCAAAUUUUCCGACUGGAAGUUCAAGCUCUUCCGCGUCAAGUCCAUGGAGAAAGCCCCCCUGCCGGGGGACUCUCAGCCAGCCAGAGAGCAGCCGCAAAGGGUGCCCCCGGAAGACUGCACCUCAACACCCCCAGAGGCGGCCGCGGAGGUGGGCGUGGGGGUGAGCCCGGGGCCCCCCGGGAGUGUGAUGCGCCUCUGUCUGGGGGGGAAAACCAAGGAGAGCCUGGAGAGCGUGGGGCUCCGCGUGGAUCGCAAGCUGCAGGAGAUUGACACCCACAUGAACCACCUGAGGACCCUGUGCCGCCUGUGUGGCACAGCGCUGCGCAGAGUGAAAGGCGGACCAGAGCGGGAGGUCCAGGGUGAGCUGGACGAGAGCAGCAGGGUCUCGCUGCGCAGGAUGGGCUGCAAGGCCAAGAGCUGGCCUGAAGUCAUCCUGAAGGUCUUCAAGGUGGACGUGGCGGGGGACAUGGAGACGGUGCACCCGCCCUCCUUCUGUCACCGCUGCUGGAAGGCUGCCAUGAGGGGGGGGGGCUUCUGCUGCUUCUCGGGGACGCAGCUCACCCAGUGGACGCCGCACUCGGCCCUCUGCCACCUCUGCUUUCCCAGGAAGCCGUCGCUGCAGCGGAAGAGGCGAAAGCGCUGUCAGCCGUCCCGGGGAUCCCUCCACCACCUACCCAGGGCCAAGCGGCUGAAAAGCGACCUCCACACCCACAGCCUGGCGGACAAUGGCCGGCCGUGGAGAGCGGCGGACCAGGGGCCCAGCGGCAAUGCCUGGCUCAGGCCCAACCUUCAGAAGGCUCUGUGGGUUCGUAACAUCACUCGCUGCAAGAACGUCCACCUCGGGGCAGACCGGCUCCAUGAAGACUUCCCUGUUGACUUUGUCCGUGCUGUGACCUGCCAGGUGUGUGACCACCUCCUGGCCGAGCCGGUGCAGUCACCGUGCAAACACCUCUUCUGUCGAACCUGCAUCCUGCAGUACAGCCGUGCCGUAGGUCAGCACUGCCCGGCUUGCGGCCUCCCCUGCUCCCCCUUUGACCUAGUGAGCCCCGCUAAGGCCUUUCUGGGCAUCCUGAACUCCGUCCCACUGUGCUGCCCCAAGGAAAGCUGUGGGGACCCCGUUCCGCUGGGGUCCUUCGGGACCCACUGCUCAAGUCACCAGGGGGAGAAGGAGGAAGAAGACCAGGCCAGGAGACGGCAGUGGCAGGCCUACAGCAAUGGCUACAUGCCCAUCAACAAAGGCGGUAGGCCCAGGCAGCACCUGCUCUCAUUGACCCGCCGGGCUCAGAAGCACCGGCUGAGGGACCUGAAGAACCAGGUGAAGAUGUUUGCUGAGAAGGAGGAAGGUGGAGACAUCAAGUCCGUGUGCCUGACGCUCUUCCUGCUUGCGCUCCGGGCUGGAAAUGAGCACAGGCAGGCCGACGAGCUGGAGGCCAUGAUGCAGGGGAGGGGAUUUGGCCUGCAUCCUGCAGUGUGUCUGGCAAUAAGGGUCAACACCUUCCUGAGCUGCAGCCAGUACCACAAAAUGUACCGCACGGUGAAGGCCACCAGUGGGCGCCAGAUCUUCCAGCCCCUGCACACUCUGCGUAGUGUGGAGAAGGAGCUCCUUCCCGGAUUCCAUCAGUUCGAGUGGCAGCCGGCGCUGAAGAACGUGUCUAGUGCCUGCAAUGUGGGAAUCAUUGAUGGGGUGGCCGGAUGGGCCGCCUCCGUGGAUGACGCACCGGUGGACACCAUUGCACGGCGAUUCCGCUAUGAUGCUGCUCUGGUGGCGGCCCUGAAGGACCUGGAAGAGGACAUUAUGGAAGGGCUGAAGGAGCACGGCCUUGAGGACUCAGAAUGCACGGGAGGGUUCAAGGUAGAGGGACGUCAGGAAGCGAUCACCAUCUUUCAGGAGUUAAAGCCGAAUUCUGAGCUGUCGUGCAAGCCGCUCUGUCUUAUGUUCGUGGACGAGUCGGACCAUGAGACCCUCACCGCUGUGCUGGGGCCUCUGGUGGCUGAGCGGAAUGCCAUGAGGGAGAGUCGGCUCAUCCUGUCCGUUGGAGGCCUUCCCCGCUUCUUCCGCUUCCAGUUCCGGGGCACCGGCUACGACGAGAAGAUGGUGAGAGAGAUGGAGGGACUUGAGGCUUCCGGGUCCACGUACAUCUGCACCAUGUGUGAUUCCACUAGGCUGGAUGCAUCCAGGAACAUGGUUCUGCACUCUAUUACAAGGAGCCACGAAGAGAACCUGGAGCGCUAUGAAAUCUGGCGGACCAACCCCUUCUCAGAGUCUGUGGAGGAGCUUCGGGAUCGGGUCAAGGGCGUCUCAGCUAAGCCUUUCAUGGAGACCCAACCAACCCUGGAUGCCCUGCACUGCGACAUCGGCAAUGCCACCGAAUUCUAUAAAAUCUUCCAAGAUGAAAUCGGUGAGGUCCAUCUGAAGGGCAACCCUAGUCGGGAGGAGAGGAGAAGCUGGAGGUCAGCUCUGGACAAACAGUUGAGAAAGAAGCUGAAGGUGAAACCUGUCAUGCGGAUGAACGGCAACUACGCCCGUCGGCUCAUGACCCGGGAGGCGGUGGAAGCCGUGUGUGAGCUGGUACCCUCGGAAGCCAGGAGGGAGGCUCUGAAGGAGGUCAUGGGGCUUUACCUACAGAUGAAGCCGGUCUGGCGGGCCACCUGCCCAGCCAAAGAGUGCCCUGACCAGCUCUGCCGGUACAGCUUCAACUCCCAGCGUUUCGCAGAGCUCCUGUCCACCACCUUCAAAUAUCGCUAUGAUGGCAAGAUCACCAACUACCUUCACAAGACCCUUGCCCACGUGCCCGAAAUCAUAGAGCGAGAUGGAUCCAUCGGGGCCUGGGCCAGCGAGGGAAACGAGUCGGGCAACAAGCUUUUCCGCCGUUUCCGCAAGAUGAAUGCGCGACAAUCGAAGAGCUUCGAGCUGGAGGACGUGCUGAAGCACCACUGGCUCUACACCUCUAAGUACCUGCAGAAAUUCAUGGAAGCCCACCGUAACUCUGCUAAAGCCUUGGAGGCCACCAUCGACCCGGUGGAAUGCCAGGAUGAUAAUGACUUGGUGCUGGAUGUCACAAGCUCACUGGAGCUUUAAGGAUGUGGAAAGGGCUUAGAAAUCAAGGUGAAAAGAAUCAGAGAUGGCGUUUUCGUAUGUUAAAUGUGUCAUUUUUCUCUUUAUCCUGACAGGGAUUUGCUCCCAGGGAUAACGGGGAAGCUCACUUUGACCUACUGUCAUUUUUGUUUAUUACUUAAAUGGAUUUUGAGAUGUCAGGGCAAAGUGUUCUGGGUUUUUAAUUAAAUUUUUUUGGGUUUUCUUUAAUUCUCAGUGUGCUUUUGGGGAAUUGAAAGAAUAUGUAUUGAUAAUGAUUUAAUAUUCAUUCUCUUUGUCAUCAAAUGACUUGCAUUUGUCAUGAUUAUUUUAUGAAAAGCCCUUUCAUUUAGGCGGAUGGAUAUUUCCUGUCACCUUUAUCCUUCCUCAAGUUCAUAUGUCCAAAAAAAUGUUGCUGGUUUUUCCGUAUUCUUUGUUCAGAUUGUCUGAGAUCAUUUUUGCCUCACAUAAAAUAUUGGAAGGCUUAUUGUUUUAUCAGGAUGUGACACAUCCAUGAAUUUAUACAGGGAUAUUAUUUAUGAAAACAGAUUAAAGUGUUGUAAGUUAUGGCAAGGUAAUUGUGGUGAAGGGGCAUACAUUACUUAGAUGCUGUAUUUAUCACCGUGGCAAGAAGAUGGAGUUAAGGAAUCUGAGGUUGUCUUUGUGCCAGUAAAAAUGUUUGCUUUAGGGGUUUUUAUUGGGAUUCCAGGGUGCAAAACGACUUUUAAAUCACUUUUCAGCACCUGCAGGGACAAAAUCAGCUAUUUUGCCUUCACUCCGACUACUGAUGUAGAAUUUGUGAACCUCAUGUUUAUUACAAGAAUUUCUAUGCCAUUGUCUGCCUGGAGAUGAAUUCUGUUUUUGUUUUUGCUUUUGAAAUCUGCUCAUGGGCCCCUCAUGUUUUCGUGUCUGCAGCCAGCUGCUCUUCUUUGACGUGAACGUUCACUUCUGCAAUUCUGCCGAGGAACAGUCUGUUGGCCCUUAAGCAGAGCGUCACACGGCUGCCAGCAUAGCCCAGCGUAGUUAAAUAUGUGUUUUACCUACGGCGUGGCAGUUAUACAUUUAUUAUAAGAGCAUGGAAGUGGAAGAAUCACAGCUACAAAAAAAUAUAAAACAGUAUAGUUGAACAGAGUUGAAAACAUUUUGGUGUACUUUACUGUGUUUUUAAGUUUUAUGCUUAUACUUAAACUUAUGGUUAUACUAUUGACAACUAUUUUAAACAUGUUUAAUAAGGGAUUUGUGCCUUUGGUAACAUUCUUUUAGCAUAAUAUGAUUUUUUGUGAAAUGUCUUAUCUGCCCUCUUAUUUUUCCUGCUGUUAUUGUUUGAUGUAACCUACGUACACUAAGGCUUCUGACAGUUAUAUUUUGGUGGCUAUUAGCCCUGCAGUUAACCAUUGUUUAUUAACCUUUUUUAAAUAGGGAAGUAUUUGAGAAUGAUGUCAAUGUACAAUCAGUUGUACACUGCAUUCAUCUUACUUUAUUUUUUUUGCACUUUUCCUCAAGGCACAGACUUUCAAAAUGUUUACAUAAUUUUGCAUCUGCAAUAAUUCUCAUGUUUAACAACUGUAGAAAAAUUACACUUCAGAUUUUCAGUGUAGCGUCAUUAAUUUACAUUUUAUUAUUUGGAUAAAUCCUUUCAUUGUAUUUCAUUGUAAAAUCAACAUUUUGAGUUUAUUAUAUAUAGUAUGGUGUUUUUUAGUUUUUGUGAUGUACUUUAUAACACAUUGUUUUUAUAAUUUGCUGAGAUCCCUGUACGGGGUAAGCAGCCCUGGAAUCUGGGUGUUUUAUGAUGUUUUAUUGAACGCUGAUUAAUUUUAACAUGGAAGCACAAUUGAUUUGCAAUAAACAAAUUGAAAUGAU